AUGGCUGGUUCAGGAGACAUAACUCCAGAUGAAAGUCUUUAUCCUAUUGCCGUUCUUAUCGAUGAAUUGAGGAAUGAAGAUGUCCAAUUACGUUUAAAUAGUAUCAAAAAAUUAUCAACAAUUGCUUUAGCACUUGGUGUUGAACGAACAAGAUCAGAAUUAAUACCAUUUCUAACAGAUACAAUCUAUGAUGAAGAUGAAGUAUUAUUAGCCCUUGCUGAGCAAUUGGGCACUUUUACACAAUUAAUUGGAGGUGACAGUUAUGUUCAUGUUUUACUACCACCGUUAGAAAGUUUAGCACAAGUUGAAGAAACAAUUGUUCGAGAUAAGGCUGUUGAUUCAUUACGUUUAUUAGCACCACAACAUUCAACAACUGAUUUAGAAACAUAUUUUGUACCCACCGUGAAACGUUUAGCACAAGGCGAUUGGUUUACAUCUCGAACAUCAGCAUCCGGUCUUAUUAGUGUUUGUUACUCGAGAGUAUCAAAUCAUGUCAAAUCGGAAUUAAGACAAUUAUUCAAAAGUUUAUGUCAAGAUGAUACACCAAUGGUUCGUCGUGCCGCUGCGUCGAAGUUAGGUGAAUUUUCCAAAGUGGUCGAAACAGAAUAUCUACGUACAGAGUUAGUUGGUUUAUUUACAAAUUUGGCUAAUGAUGAACAAGACAGUGUCCGAUUGUUGGCAGUCGAAGCUGGCAUUGCAAUGGCAUCACUAUUUCGUCAAGAUGAUUUAGAAACACAAAUGAUGAACACAUUAAGAGGCGCAACAGAAGAUAAAUCUUGGAGAGUUCGAUACGUAGUAGCGGAUAAAUUAGUUGAACUUCAAAAGGCUGUUGGUAACGAAAUAACAAAAACUGAUUUAGUUGGUGCUUAUUGUUCACUACUGAAAGAUCCUGAAGCUGAAGUGCGAGCUGCUGCUGCGAGUAAAUUAAAAGAUUUUUGUCAUCAAUUACCUCAAGAGACACGAGAACAAAUCAUCAUGUCACAAAUUCUACCUUGUAUCAAAGAUAUGGUAGCUGAUAUGAAUCAACAUGUAAAAUCAGCAUUAGCCAGCGUCAUUAUGGGCUUAUCACCAAUUUUAGGAAAAGACAAUACGUUGGAACAUUUAUUACCAUUGUUUUUAAGUCAAUUGAAAGAUGAUUGCCCUGAAGUUCGUUUAAAUAUUAUAUCCAAUUUGGAUUGUAUCAACGAAGUUAUUGGUGUUCGUCAAUUAAGUCAGAGUUUAUUACCAGCUAUUGUUGAAUUGGCUAGUGAUGCUAAAUGGCGUGUUCGAUUAGGUAUCAUAGAAUAUAUGCCAUUACUUGCUGGCCAAUUGGGGCCAGAAUUUUUUGAUGAAAAAUUGAGCAGUCUAUGUAUGAGUUGGCUAACAGAUCAUGUUUAUGCCAUUCGCGAAGCAGCCACGAAUAAUUUAAAGAAAUUAGUUGAAAAAUUUGGUCGUGAUUGGGCUCAAAAUACUGUUAUACCAAAGGUUAUACAAUUAGCUCGUGAUCAAAAUUAUUUGUACCGAAUGACAUGUUUAUUCGCUAUUAAUGUAUUAGCAGACGUUUGUGGUCAAGAAAUAACUCAACGUAUGAUGUUACCAACAGUAAUAACAUUGGCUGGUGAUGCCGUGGCAAAUGUUAGAUUUAAUGUUGCUAAAACACUUAAAAGAAUAUAUCCUAUUCUAGAUGGAAGUGCGUUGGCCAUGCAUGUUAAACCAUGUUUGGAAAAAUUAGCACAAGAUGUUGAUUUUGAUGUGCAACAUUUUGCUAGUGAUGCAUUAGAAACACUUCCUAGUACAAACGGCAGCGGUUAUUCUCAUCAUAGUUAUCGUUAA